AUGAAGUACACCGUCGCCAUCACCACGCUCGUCGCCAGCGCAAUGGCUACUGCCAUCUCCUCCGACUGCCCCAAGCCCUCUGCCACCGCCACCGCCACCGGCAGCGCGCCCUCGUCGACCGCCUCAGGCGAGGCCCUCCCCACCGGCUACUUCGGUGUCAUCUCCUCCCGCAGCGCCUCGCCCAUCCACCUCCAGUCCCUCACCGCACGCGGCGGAAAGUUCUACCUCGGCGGCGGUCCCCCCUCGUCCUACUGCCCUCCCAACAUCCCCGCCGAAGCCUGCCCUGCCGGUAACACCACCGUUCUGGCUGGCGGUCAGGGAACUCUUGCUCUGGGCGUUGUCGUCCCCGGUGGCCAGGAGGUCUACGUUGCGCCCGGCGGUGCUCUGCAGUACACUGUUGCCCACUCCGUCUCCAAGCCCGAGGGCUCCGACGUCACUGGCUUCAGCCGCACUGCGCCUGCCAACGGCAACGUCUACGGAUACCUCGACUACGAGACUGGCUUUGUUGCCUGCCCGGCUGGCGAGGGUGAAGGAUACCAGGUCUUCGGCGCCGUUGAGGAUGGUGAAUUCGGCGAUGACUGCCUUGGCUUCACCGCUCUUGCUGUUGCCACCGACGAUGCUGGUGCCUGGCAAUACUAG